UCUGAAAUAAAGUAUAAUAAUAAUAAGUGCAUAUUAUGCAGGUGAUGGCCAUUGCUACACUAGCUAGCUGUUAUGAUAAUCAGGAUGUCUUCAAGAAAGUAGUGAAGAUAAGAAAAGGCCAAGCUGUAAGUCUAAUGAUGCAGGCAACAAACAUGGAGAACCUGAAGAGUAUUAUGUAUAAUUAUGCUAAGCAGAUACAGAAGAUGAUUCCCCCUUGUGAUCCAUCAAGUGAUGAGACAACAACAAUAACAACAGAAAUCAUGGAAUUGAGUAAGGGUGGUCAAGUAAGACGAUGCAGUCCAUUCAUACCGAUAUAUGUUUCCUGUGGAAUGAUGUUGACUGCUAUAGUGUACCAGUAUUGGACAAAUAUUGUACAAAUCUAUGAUGAUUGUGUCUAAGAAUAGCACUGUGUUGAUAAUGAAAUGAAUUAUGUAAUAAAUAACAGCCAACUCUUAGGGGAGCCUCUGGUUAAGAAUCACCGAGCGCAACGCCCAAUGUGAUUCUAAGUCAGAAAUCCUGAGGAAGCAACAGUUAUCUGACCUAAACCAAAUAAU